CGCGCUCCUGACAGAAGACAGGCGCUGGCAGAGCCCUCUCCACUUCAGAGAGCUCCGGGGAGAAGGCAGAGGCCAGACGGGAGCGGGUCGACCUCGGCUGCUGAGCGCCAGACAAGAUGCCGGUGGCAGACACUCGAGGGACGCGGUCGAUGGACCAAUGUCAGUUACCGCGUGCGGCAGCCCAACCAGCCGGAGACUGGGCCUAGGAGGAGAAGAGGAAUUGGUUCCACAAAUGCUGCGCCUGCUGCUCAGGCCAGGGGGAUGACGACUGGGGUCCCUCGCCGGGGAGGUCCCAGGAGCACGGCGAGAGCCCGUUAUCCGAGAGGGCAUGCUGGUGGUCAGCGGCGUGGACCUGAUGAGCGGCCGAUCCAGUAGCAACCGCCGGGCCCACCACACGAAUGAGUUCGAGUACGAGAAUCUCAUCCUCCGCCGCGGCCAGCCCUUCGACAUGAAGCUCCAGUUCCGCCAGCCGUACGACCCCGAGGAGCACCGCAUCUGCCUCGAGUUCCUUAUCGGUCCAUCACCACAGACCUCAAAGGGGACGUACAUUCUGGUUCCAGUGGGCAAGGCCAUGGACGGAGGGCUCUGGUCAGCAGAGGUGACCGACACAGGCACAAACACCAUAUCCCUGCGGGUCAACACCUCGCCCAACGCCGUGAUUGGAAAGUACCAGUUUGGGGUCAAGACGCGGACCAAGGCGGGCGAGUACCAGAUGCCCUUUGACCCCCGCUACGAUAUUUACAUCCUCUUCAAUCCCUGGUGCAAACAGGAUCCUGUUUACUUGGACCAGACCGGUUGGCUGGACGAGUAUGUGCUGAACGAAUCGGGGAGGAUCUACUAUGGGACCGAAACCCAGAUUGGGGAACGCACAUGGAAUUACGCCCAGUUUGACCAGGGUAUCUUAGAUGCCUGCCUCUACGUCCUGGACCGACGUGGGAUGCCGCACGCGAGUCGGGGAGACCCCAUCAUGGUUUCGCGGGUCGUCUCUGCCAUGGUGAACUCUCUGGACGACAACGGCGUGCUGGUCGGGAACUGGACAGGCGAUUACUCACGCGGCACCAACCCUUCGGCCUGGGUGGGCAGCCGGGAUAUCUUGCUGAAGUACCACAAGACGGGCUACCCGGUUCUCUACGGGCAGUGCUGGGUGUUUGCCGGAGUCGUGACCACAGUCCUCCGGUGCCUGGGCAUUCCAACACGGACCGUCACCAACUACAACUCGGCGCACGAUACGGACGUCAGCCUCACCAUGGACAUAUACUUUGACGAGAACAUGAAGCCGCUGGAGAAUCUCAACGCCGACUCUGUUUGGAAUUUCCAUGUCUGGAACGACUGCUGGAUGAAACGGCCCGAUUUGCCUUCAGGGUUUGAUGGGUGGCAGGUUGUGGAUGCGACGCCCCAGGAAUCCAGCAGCGGCAUUUUCUGCUGCGGUCCCUGCUCCGUAGAGGCCAUCAAGAACGGGCUGGUCUACAUGAAAUACGAUGCCUCCUUCUGCUUUGCUGAGGUGAACAGUGACAAGGUAUAUUGGCAGCGCCAGUCUGACGGCAGCUUCAAGAUCGUCUAUGUGGAGGAGAAGGCAAUCGGUCACUUAAUCAGUACCAAGGCAGUGGGCUCAAAUCAGCGCCACGAUGUCACCGACAUUUACAAACACCCUGAAGGCUCCGAAGCGGAGCGCAAAGCAGUCGAAACGGCCGCCAAGCACGGCACCAAAGCCCACAUCUACACCAACAAGGAGUGGGGCGACGACAUCUCCGUGACGGUGGACACCCAGGAGGCCUACACGGGCCAAGACAUCUCCCUCAGGGUCAUCCUGAAGAACCGCAGCUCCAUGCCCCGAAGCGUCUCCCUCAACCUCUUUGUGGCCGUCAUGUAUUACACCGGCGUAACGGGCAGCAACUUCAAGCAGGAGAAGAGGGAGGUCCAGGUGCCGGCCAGCGGAAGCCAAGCUGUUCCCAUGGUGGUCUCCUACGCGGAGUACAAGCCUCACCUGGUUGACCAGGGAGCCAUGAAGCUGAGCAUCUCAGGGAAAGUGGCCGAAACCGGCCAGGUGAUCGCGAAGGAGCACACCUUCCGUUUGCGGACGCCGGACCUCACUCUGACGUUGCUGGGCCCAGCUAUCGUUGGACAAGAAACCCAAGUCCAGAUUGUCUUCAAGAACCCUCUUCCGGUGACGCUGACCGGGGCCAUCUUCCAUAUGGAGGGCUCGGGGCUCUCCACCCCAAAUACAAUGACAGUGGGAAAUAUCGGCCCACACCAAACCGUGACGCUACGACAGACCUUCACACCUCUCCGUGCAGGCCAACGCCAGCUGGUAGCCAGCCUGGACAGCCCUCAGCUCUCCCAGGUCCACGGGGUGCUGACGAUCGAGGUGACCCAGGGACCCCCACGAGGCCCCUCGUCGGCUUCUCCAGCCCCGGUUCGGGGGUCUCCGGCCCGCGGACGAGCUUCCCCGGCCCACGGACGGGCUUCUCCGGCCCCCGCCCGAGCCUCGCCUGCACCUUCUCCCGCCCUCACCAGGGCGUCUCCGGCUCGCCAGCCAACAGGCCGCAGCAGCCCAGCCAAUGCCCGCAGGUCUCCGGCCCGCCAGCCAGACCCUCGAGGCUCCCCCAAUGUCCGUGGGUCGCCUGCCGUGCGGGCGGGGCGGGGGGUCUGAGGCAGACCUUUUUAGCUUUUUUUAUUUUUAAUGUGAUGUACUGUGUGAUGAAUUGCAUACGGUGCCAGCAGAACUGGGAGCAACAUGAGGGGGGGCGUGCUAUGAAUGAGCCACAGGACCACAGCAGUUCUGCAGGAUGCGGCCAUGCCAAGGCCUCGAUAUUCGGUUGUCUCUCAGCCGUCCAUCACCCAUAUACAGCCACCCUGCCCGUUAUUUGCCAUUGCCCAGUUAUAUCUCUGCUUUCCCCUCCCCUCACGCAAUUUGUUCUGUUCUUCCUUCCCCUUUUCCUUGCUCUCUGUCCCCGCUCCCCACAAAACUCGCGACUCUGAGCCCAUGUCAACCUGUCCCUCUCUGCCUGUCCGUCCAUCUUCCGCCUGAAUGUUUGCCAUCCCCUCACAUACCUGCACUGUCCAUUUCACUCUCUCCCAAGCCCAGGGGCUGAACGUUGCCAGCACCCUACAAACCUACUCCCUCUUUCUCGAUCGCUGGGAUCCCCCGAAAGAUUUUUGUACUCGUUGUUCUCUUUUGCUCCUUCGCACACCUUUUGUUUUUAAAUAAUACACUGAACCUCACUCUCUCGCACAGGCACAACACUUGCUCCCCCAAAAAGGCAAGCAAUGAGCUUCCGAAGGGAGAAGACACACAGGGUUUUUUUUAAGUCCUCCUAAGUAAAUCCAGCUUGAUCCCACCAUAUCCACUGGAAAUUUAACGCCACAUUUACAUUAGAUGAAUCUUGCCACUUUCUUAUCUCUCUCUCCUUGGGUCACCGGUACAGGGAGGUUACCAUGCAAUGGUUGUAGUAUGGGAAGGAUUUUUCUCCCUGCCCUCCUAAAAUGGUAUUAGCAAGGAAGAGUAGGGAAACUGCUUGAGGAAGACUACUAACCCACCGCAAAAUGCAUUGAUUGGCCAAUGGCUGCUUUGCCUCUGUUCACUUAUUUAAAUGUAUGCAUACACCAAAUGUCCACAUUCUUCCUUAACUUUGCACUGAAGCCAAGCUGUGCGUGCUUUUAAAAAGAAGAGCCAAAAUAACAUGUUUGUAACUAGCCAGAAGACAUCUCUGUGAUUAUGUGAAGAUAUGAUAAAUUGUGCUACAUUUAAACUACAUGCAAACGAGUGAAGCCAAAGCCUGUUACUCUUAUUUUUCACACUUAAUAUAGGUAUUUAUUUGAAAAUAAUAAAUGAUUUUUAUCUCUAAA